AUGGCGAAGAACUGGGCAUUCAUCUUCCAAAUGAGAAUGUCUACUCCUGGAAUGCCGAUCGAUAUAUCGACGAAAUUUCGAGUAUCCUCUAAUUUCGAUUUUUUGACCAGCAAGGCAUUGAAUCACUUCCAGGGGGGCACUCCUGGGUGGAGCUUGCGAGGACUGUCAUUUCAAGGACGAUCAGCGAGGGUGGUUCGAGGGCCCCUUGGUCAAAGGAAGGGAAGGCCAUGGCCAAAGAAGGGGUAA